GUAAACUAAACAGGGUCUUGCUGAAUGCGGCAGCACUUGCUUUACUUGUCAUUAGACAUUUCUCAGUAAAGGAAACAGCAAACAUUACACAGAAAAUUUCACGAGGAUGACGUUGUGUAAAGCUGUGUGUUUUGCAGGAGCUAUACUUCUUAAUAUAACAGGCUCACUUUGUCAGCUAGAUGUGUGUGGUCAGGCUCCUCUCAACACCAAGAUUGUUGGAGGACAAGCUGCAGUUCAGGGGUCUUGGCCUUGGCAAGCAAGCCUUCACAGAAUUACGUCUGGAAGUCAUUUCUGUGGUGGGAGUCUGAUCAAUAAAGACUGGGUUAUGUCUGCAGCUCACUGCUUCCAGAGCACCGCUGCAUCUAAUGUAAAAAUCUACCUCGGCCGUCAGCUCCAAACGGGCUCAAACCCGAAUGAGAUCUCCAGGAAAGUGACUCGGGUCAUCACCCAUCCCAUCUAUAGCUCAACUACCCAAAACAACGACAUAGCACUGCUGCAGCUCUCCUCUUCUGUGACGUUCACUGAUUAUAUUAGGCCAGUCUGUCUGGCGGCUGUUGGCAGUUUAUUUGGUGGAGGUACUAAGAGUUGGAUCACUGGAUGGGGCAAACUCAAUUUUGCAGACACCCAGAUUCCAAACAUACUGCAAGAGGUGCAGAUACCAAUUGUAAACAACAGUGAAUGUAGUAAGGUCUACGGAGCAGUCAUUACAAACAACAUGCUGUGCGCUGGACUAAAUGAGGGCGGAAAAGAUUCAUGUCAGGGAGACUCUGGAGGUCCAAUGGUGAAUAAAAACAAUUCCCAGUGGAUUCAGUCUGGGAUUGUGAGUUUCGGUCGAGAGUGUGGGAUACCCAAGUUCCCCGGUGUUUAUACCAGAGUGUCUCAAUACCAGUCUUGGAUCAGCUCUCAAAUAAGCAGCGAUCUACCAGGAUUCGUCUCAUUCACCUCCACUGAAUCAAGCUCAGGCGCACCCAGUCUCCUCUUAUUUUCCCUUUCUCUCACAUCAUCAGUCAUUUCUCUGAUUUUCUCCUUAUUUCUAUUUUCUUGAUUUUUUUAUUAUUUCAUUUU